CUCUGACGAGCGCCGGAGCACCAAUUGACGAACCAGUUCGUGCGCAAGCCACGCUCUGACCAAGUGACCACUUCGUGGCUUCGGCCGCGGCGAUGGAGCCCUACUCGAGGGACCUGCUGCGCGGCACCGGCGGUGGAGACGACGGCGAUGAGAAGGUGCAGCGCUUGGAUUCGCGGACCGAGGACGUGGACCUUACCCUCGGGCUGUCGCUCGGUGCCGGGGAUCGGUUCGACUUCGGCGCGGAGAGGGGGAGCGGCAGCGGCGAGGGGCUCCUCGUCGGUCGCGCUGAUCCAGGAGGUGGCGCCUCAGCGACCCUGCGGCCGCAGGGGAGUGGUAACAGCAUCAAGGAGGAGCCCGCGGCACAAGGAACUCCUGGCGCUCAAGGGCGGAGCCUGUCAUCAGCUAUUGUGUCCUCCUCUCAGGGUACAGAUGGUGUGCACCAGGCCGAGGGUGCUAACAACACCAUCAUGGCAACCACUUCUUCUCCGGCACCAGCGGUAAUAGAGGCAGCCCUUGGUUCUGGGGGAGGGCAACAAGAUGAUUCAGAGAUGUCGAAGGUGCGGGAGAUUCCAUUGGUGUCGACCAGCGGGCUCCCCAAUGGCAGGAGGAUUGUAGGCUUGCUGUACGAGUACAGUAAAGUUGAUGAGGUGACGAUUUUGUGUAUGUGCCAUGGUAGCUUCCUAACUCCGGCGGAGUUUGUGGAGCAUGCUGGAGGCGGUCAAGUCGCCAACCCGCUGGGGAGCAUCUUCGUCAUGCCCCCGCCUUGGCUUUGA